ACGUACAAGGUACAGUUAACUGGGCACGUGGCACACGAUAAAGGUAAUAGCCGUUUACUGAAUAACUUUUUCGAACUUCAGAUUUGUGAUUAGAAGAAGCACUUGCUAUAGAAUUUCGCCCAAUUUUUGGAUUUGGCUCUUGGCUCUUGAUAACGGGUGUUUAAAUGGUUGUUUGGUGUCCUGUGAUUAUAUGUCAAAAUUCAAAAGUCAUAACAUUCCUAAGUUGCAAAUAUUGAUUUGCAUUUUUGCAAAUCUCAUCGUUUGCUAUGGGUAGGGUAAUUUGUAAAAGCAGAUGAUCUUGAGCCAGAAAAAAUGGGCAUUAAAGUACCAUUUAUUUUUAGAAAGACCAUUUUCAGGCUAUUAUGCACUACCAGGGAUGCUAAGUCGACCACAGCAGGAAUUAUAGUUAUUGGCGAUGAGAUUCUCAAAGGACAGGUAGUAGAUACUAACUCAUCUUACUUAGCUUUGGAGUUGCAUAAACUGGGUCUUCAGUUAAAAAAGAUUUCAGUUAUAGGUGACAAUGUGAAGGAAAUAUGUGAUGAAGUUAGGUGUUAUUCAGAUUCAUAUGAUUAUGUCCUGACUACUGGUGGAAUUGGGCCCACACAUGAUGAUGUUACAUAUGAAGGGGUGGCAUUAGCAUUUAACGCACCUCUGGUUCUAGAUCCAGAAUUACGGGACAUUUGUAUGAAUUUUUAUAAAACAAAUGAUGUGAAUGCACCUGGAAUGAAACUAGCCAAAAUACCAAAAUCAGCCAAAUUAACAUUCAAAACAUUAGAAGGGGUUAGAAUGGUGUAUCCAAAUGUUUCUAUAAAAAAUGUGUAUAUAUUCCCUGGUAUCCCUCAACUACUAAGAAAAUCAUUUGGAUCUUUAAAGACGGUCCUAUUCAAGUCAAAUAGGAAAUUUUAUACAAAAGCUGUGUAUUUAACUGCCACUGAAGAAAGUAUAUCUAAGCUAUUAGGGGAGCUUGCAGAAGACUACCCUGAUGUUCAGUUUGGAUCAUAUCCAACAUUGCAAGAUAUAAAGUACAAAGUGAAAGUGACAAUUGAGUCCCAUGAUGAAAAAUCAACAGAACAGGCACACAACAAGUUGAAAGAGCUAAUGCCAGAAGAGUACAUAGUUCAUAUGGAAGAUGAUUCGUGAAUUUUAUGUAUACAUAGGAUAAUUAUGUACAAUAUUGCUUUGUUUAUUUAAUUUUUAAUAUUUUAUUGAAAAAAAUCUAUAUAUAUGUUUUAUGUAUUUGUGAGUUUACCUAGAAGCCCUGAGUAACAAAUUAUACUGGAUUGGAUUUUUA